GGAGCCAGAAAAUGUCUAACCCUAAUUACGCUUCUUCUGUCGAACCCAUGCCCUCAUCUCACGACGAACCCAUGCCCUCAUCUCACGACGAACCCAUGCCCUCAUCUCACGACGAACCCAUGUCCGCCGAGAUCUCUCCCGUCGAGACCAAGUCCUCCGGGUCUAGCAUACCUGUCUUCUGGGACUUAGUGGAUUUCCCGUUCCCCCGUGGUCUCGGUCCUGUUUCGAUUUAUCAGAAUUUGAAAACAAUUCUUGAGAGUAUGGGUUGUGUUGGUGACUUGUCAAUCAUGGCUUAUGUGGAUGAGAAAAACUUGAGGGAUGAAUGGCGCGAUGUUGCCUAUAAGAAUGCCGGUAUCAACAUUGUUGUACCCCCACAAGGGGAUGUUAAUUAUGAGAGAAGUCGCUUUAUGUUACUGGACAUUGUUUUGUGGAAAUGCAAAAAUCGUUCGUACCACAUUAGGCCAUUGAGUUUGUUGGUAAUCUCUAAGCAAAUAAAAAAACAUUCGGCUUUCCUCACUCAACUUAUCCUGUUGUCAUAUGCAUCUUACCUUGUUACCGCAACAGUUGACCCUGACGAUCUUGUACCAUUAGUUCCAUCUUGUCCGGUUGACUUAAGUCCUGUAAGCUUCGAAUGGCUUUCCACAAACCUGUCAAAGAGUGAAACCUCUCAAAGCGCUGAUGACCAUAAGCGGAAGAGCAGAGAGGAUACUGCGCGCAUCAGAAGAUCACAACGACCAAAGUUAGAUGAGAGUAGCUGAUGAGUCACUCUUAUUUAUGAUCCAAAAUUUUCUUCCAAUUUCUUACCAUUUUUAUUUUUUGUCAUAAAUUCGUAGGAAAAUGAUAAAAAAAUUUUCCUACCAAAAUUUUGGUAGGAAAAUUCAUAAGAAUUCAGCAUGUUUUAUUUAGUGAAUUGCUGCACAAAAAAUCUAUAUAUCAUUAAGAUGAGCAAAAGAAGAUACAUGCUUUGAUUGUUUAA